CAGCAUCCUUUCAGUUCGCAUCCGAGCACCACCGCCAUCGCCCACCACCACCGCGACCCACCUAGUGUUCGUUGUUAUAACCCUACCAAGCAAUUGGCGGGCGUGGGAACGCCUGCCGCCGCGCGACGAGCAAACGCGCAAACAUAUUCUCCGCGGUGAACAACUUCUUCGCUGAUUCGCCGCUGGUGAAUCAGCUCAAGGGUAUCAUGACUCGACAAACAAGCAGCGGGGGCGAGCCAGGCCCCCCCGACGAGGCCUCCCGCCCUGAAAGCAGGGAGCCACCAUCUUUGGCCAUCAGCCCUUCAGAGAGCCUACUCUCAGAUCGGUCGGCGACUUCGUCACGGCAACCACAGAGGCAGGUGACAUUCUUGAAGCCGGCUGCUGACACGAAUCUGGACAGGAAAGCAUCUAUCGUCGACGAAACUACUGGAAUCACCAGGACCCAAAUGAAAGAGUUCCGUGAAGCGUUCCGCUUGUUCGACAAGGACGGUGAUGGCACCAUCACUAAAGAGGAACUGGGACGGGUGAUGCGCAGUCUUGGACAGUUCGCGAGAGUUGAAGAGCUCCAAGAUAUGCUGCAGGAGGUAGAUAGGGAUGGGGACGGGAACGUAAGUUUCGAAGAAUUCGUAAGCAUCCUCUCCAAGUCUAUGUCUGGCACUGGUAGCGGUCCUAGCUCGGCUGAGCAGGAGGAGCGCGAACUGAGAGACGCCUUCCGUGUGUUUGACAAACACAACAGAGGUUACAUAUGCGCAUCGGAUUUGAGGGCUGUACUGCAGUGUUUGGGAGAGGAUCUCUCGGAAGAAGAGAUUGAAGAUAUGAUAAAAGAAGUGGAUUCAGACGGUGAUGGCCGUAUAGACUUUUUGGAAUUCGUAAGGGCGCUGGGCGAGCCUGAAGACGCUUGCGACGACGAAGACGACGAGGAGCAAACCGACGGCGCGGAGGUCCCGCUGCAGAGACCUAUCACCGCUAAUUAACUGAUGUUCACGAUUGCUUGACGAGAAAAAUACGCAAUGAACACGUAAUAAACGCACACUUAACUGACGAGUUCGUAUCACGAUUAUUUAUUUACGCGUAAAGAACGAUAAUAUGCAUACUUAGCUGACAAGUUUGUACCAUGUUUAUUUUUUACCACGUAACGAACGGUAAUAUGCAAAAUUAAUUGACGGGUUGUACUACGAUUUUUUACGCAUAAUGGACGGUAAUAUGCAUACGUAAUCGACAGGUUCGUAGCUAUUAAUUAUUUUUUACGCGUAAUAACGGUAAUAUGCAUACUUAAUUGAUGGGUUAUUACCACAUUUAUGCAUAAUGUAAGGUAUUAAUGCAUGUUUAACAGACAGUUUCCUACCACGAUUGAAGAAAAAAAUAUCAAUGCGAGUGUAUUAGUCACAUAUUUGAUCAAUUUAGAUUUUAAUUCGAACGACUGGUAAAUUACACCAAAUUGUUGGAUUUUUCAGUAAAUCCACAGAAGUAGAUAAUUAUUAUAUAGGAAAAAUACAUUGCAUUUGAUAGGUUCAGUCUAAGAAAUAAAGUUAUUAAUGCCAUAUCAUCAUCAUCUUCAUCACACUCAUUAUCUAAACCAUUUAAAAUAUUAUUAUAAUAAGAAAAAAAUAAUAUAACAAUAAAAAUAAUCAUUGAUACGUCAAUUAUUUAUUUGUAUUGAGCUUGAAAAUUAAAAAGGAAGCAAUUUGAAUGAUUAAAAAGCAUCUUACAAUUUGUUGUGAUUUAAAAUUAGAAAUCUUACACAGUAAUUAAUUUAAUUAAUUGAAAUAUUUUUUACACCCAUAUUAUAAUUGCCCAUAUAUAAUUUAAAUUAUAUUCGUAUUUUUCUCGUCAAUUAUAAAUUGUACUUAUUAAAAUUAACUUGCAAACUAUAAUAUAAGUACGUACUUUUCCUAACAAACUAUAAGGGUACGUAUAAACGCUUACUAUCGCUUACGUAACACCACGACAUAAACGAAUGGUAAAUAAGGUCCGCACAAAUGAGGGGAUAAUAAGAGUCCUUACUUACGAGAAUUACCCCAAAUGUAGUCCGGGGUACUUUUUGUCUGACAAAGAAUUGAAAAUAUUUUCGUGAAAUCUAUAAUAUAGGUUCCUAGAAUAUUUGUAAAUGUUCUAGGAACCUAUAUUAUAGAUAUACUCUAUAGUCAUUAGCGUAUUUAAGAUUAUUUUUCAAGGGAGGCCUGGCCUUUUUUUUAAGGGGUACAGCCGCACACUUAUUACACAUGUCCUUGCCCACAGCUGAAAGUUCUCUUCAUUCUGAGAUGGGUUCCACAAAACUCUGGGGUAGGCAUGGUCCACACCCCUAUGCCCCUUAAAUACGCCUAUUUCUAUAGCUGAGAGUUAAUAUAGAUUGAAGUUACUUAUACUCUACCAAUUAGAAGAAAAUUAGGAAUGAAUUGAUUUUUAAUAUACCUACAGCUAAUCCUAUGUCGGGAGACAGGACGAAAGUUUAUAUGAGUCUAUAGAUAAAAUUAUUGUCAUGAGACUUGUUUCAAGCCAUUAGUUUCAAAAUGUAAAUUAGGUUUAAGAAUUUGCUUUGUAAUGCAUGACAUAACACAUACGAGUAUGACGGACUUAUAUAAACCAGGUUAUUGCGUACUCUCUUUAUUACAAUGUCGACAUAAAAAAGGUGGGUAAAAAGCAUACAAUUCGUCUGAUUAUAAAUGGUCACACGCCUGCAACAUAUAUAAGGUUAUAGGUAUUUAAGAGAGUUCCUUGUGUGCGCGGGCCCUAAUUUUGUGCCAUUGCUUAUAUCUCAUAACAAUGCUAGUAUAUUUAUAUAUUUAUAAGAACUAAAUUAAAAUAAAUACUUAUUAAUAGUAGGUAGAUACUUUCAACCUACACUUCAAAAUAACAUCAUAAUGAAAAUUUAUUGUAUUAAUUUAAAUUUCAUAAAGUAUUUAUCUACAUUAAUAAAUAAAAUAUAACGUGAUUAUAUAGAUGUGACGUUGUAUUUUUUUAAAUAUAGGCGCCAAACCUUUUCGUGUAGGCAGUUCUAUAUUUUAUUUCAAAAUGUAGGUAUAUAGUAUUAAGCUUCGAAUGGGACAUGUGCAUUGUAUAUUUACCAUGCUUGAAAUCCUGUCACUAUUAUAGUAAAUAUCAUUCUAGGAAAACACUAAUAUUGAAAGUUACAGAAAUAUUAUACAUAAAUCCAGUGUAAAAAUAUUUUUUUCUCUUGUUUGAAUUUAGGGCUUGAAUUUAGUACAACGAAGGCCACGAGGGGUAAUUCUCGGGGCACUUUUAACGCAGGUUCCUUUUUGCUAUCGAAAAUAAGAUGUGUAGGAAUUUACCCUCUGCAUUGGUACAAAUCUCUAUAAAUGAAGUUAGAAAUACAAAAAUAGAGGAUAUUUGUAUUUCUGUAUAACAAGCUUCAAAUAAUAAUAAGAGGCAAAGUGUGUAAGUUAAUGGACUAACAAUAUUUUGGUCGUCUAUUUUAAUUACUAUCUCCGACACUGUUUCUUCUGCAUAUCAAUGAUAUGUUACAGAUCAGUGAUAUUCAUUGUUAUGCAGACGACAGUACAGGAGAUGCAUUAUACACCGGUCAUGCAAAGAUCUCGCGGGCACAUACCGAUGAGCUCCGGAACAGACUUGUGUCUGAAAUCGAAACUUCGCUCGACAAAGUUUCGAUCUGGGGUGAACGCAAUCUUGUUCACUUUAACCCUAAGAAGACACAAGUCUGCGCGUUCACCGCAAAAAAGACACCGUUUGUCGUAUCUCCUUACUUUCGGGGCACUUCCCUCGAUAAUAAGUCGAGUCUGGGGAUUCUUGGCGUCGAUAUAUCUAGCGACGUCCAGUUUUGCGGUCAUCUGGAGGAAAAAGCUAAGAUAGCUUCCAAAAAGUUGGGGGUGCUCAAUAGGGUGAGACGGUAUUUCACGCCAGAAAACCGCCUGAAACUAUAUAAAGCUCAAGUGAGGCCACACAUGGAAUACUGUUCUCACCUGUGGGCAGGAGCGCCACAGUACCAACUCCUUCCGUUAGACCGCAUUCAAAGUCGGGCAGCUCGAAUUGUUGACGAUCGGCGUCUUACUGUCCGGCUCGACCCACUGGAACUGCGUAGAGAUGUUGCAUCUCUGUGCAUUUUCUACCGAAUUUAUCAUGGGGAGUGCUCUGAAGAAUUGUUCGGAUUGAUACCUGCUGCAGAUUUUCACCAUCGUACAACCCGCCAUAAACUAAAAUUUCAUCCCAACCAUCUGGACAAGUGGCGGUCCUCCACCGUGCGUUUUUCAAGGCACUUUCUCCCACGCACAACCACUCUUUGGAAUCAACUUCCAGCAGCAGUAUUUCCGAACCGAUACGACAACAUAACCUUCAAGAAAAGAGCAUAUUCCUUUUUAAAAGGCCGGCAGCACACCUGCAAUGCCGUAGGUGUUGUGGGUGAUCAUGGGCGGCGGUAGUCACUUACCAUCAGGUGAGCCGCAUGCUCGUUUGCCCCCUGUGUUGUAAAAAAAAAAAAAAAAAAAAUUGAUAAAAAGUACCCCCGAGGAUGAGUAUACCCUCGUUUGUGUCGGCCCUUAUUUUUAUUACAACAUAAGAAUUAAAACUUUAUUGAAAAAGAAGGAAAUAAGUAAAUUGUUAAACUUAAGACCCAACGGUGCAUAACUGCAUAUUGAAAAUUACUAUUACAUCCCUGUCAUUUCUUCUUCAACAAUUGUACCUCGCCUUUUCAUAACCUACACAUAUCUUAUAGAGAAUUUAAAAUAAUAUAAUAAAUUUACCUUUGACAAUCUUAAUUAAUUGCAUGAAUGAAUAUAUUUCCUUAUCGAUUUAAUCCUAGAUGUUGUAAAAUAAACAAGUACAGACCAAUAUACAAUUAAAUAUAUUCAGAACUGUAAAAA